AUGGACUCGUUAAGCAAAUACAAUAAUGGUUUUAAGUACGUUUUAACUGUAAUCGAUGUACUUAGCAAAUAUGCGUGGGCUGAACCGAUAAAAACAAAGACUGGAGAAAAUCUUGUCAAAACUUUUGAGAAAAUACUUAAAAAGAGUCGAAAGCCUGAAACGUUUCACACCGACAAAGGUACAGAGUUUAUGAAUCGAAAGUUUCAAGCCUUUUUGAAGAAACAUAACAUCCGGUUUUUCACGACGCAAAACGAGACCAAGGCAUCGAUUGUCGAUAGGUUUAAUCGUACGCUCAAGACGAAAAUGUGGAAAUACUUUACAGCGAAGAAUACGCUCAAGUACGUGGACAUUCUCCAGAAACUGGUAAAAUCUUAUAAUCAUUCGAGACAUCGUAGUAUUGGUAUAUGAGGCCCGUUGAUGUAAAUGAAGACAACGAGAGCAUUGUGUGGCAGAAACUUUAUGGAGAACAGUCAGACAAACCCGUUCGGUUUAAGUUUAACAUUGGUGAUCAAGUACGAAUCAGCAAAGCAAAGCGCACAUUUAAGAAAGGAUACUUACCUAAUUGGACCGAAGAAGUGUUCACGAUAACCAAACGUGUUCUUCGACGCCCACCCGUGUACAAAAUUGCUGAUUUUGAUGACGAGGAGUUGAAAGGAACAUUUUACGAACAAGAGCUUCAGAGAGUGAAUAAAACAGAUAGUGAUUUUUAUAGAGUUGAAGAAGUACUUGGAUCACGCAUUCGUAAUAAACGAAAAGAAUAUUUUGUAAAAUGGCUGGGCUACCCUGAUAAAUUCAAUUCUUGGGUACCAGCAGAGAGUGUGAAAGAUAUUAAAUAA